AAGCGGUGGGUAAGGACGUCAUUCAGAAAACCCAAUGGGCAAGUAGGGCAGCUGCGCUCUUCAGCAAGCGAGACGCGCACAUCCUUCCCGUCGGAAGAUCGUAGAGGCUCGUCUUUCUUCUGCAGCUCUCCGUCUCUCCACAGCCCUGAAAUCGAGUAUGGCUGGGAGAUAUCAUAUGCCUCGUCAACCUGAAAACUUCCGCAGUUCACGUGAUGGCCCUCGGCUUGUUGUGAACCGAGGACCAGGACCCCUGCCUAUUCACCCUUCUGCUUUGGAAGAGGAAUUUCAAAUGCAGCAUAGAGAAAUGAAGAGAACAGUUGUUGAGAAUCGUCUUGUUAUUAAUGAUAAUACACAUCUUCAAAGGGAAUUAACAGCUGCAAAAGAUGAGAUUCACAAACUGGGGCAGGUCAUACACAAACUCCAGGCUGAGAAAGAUGCACACGUCAGAGAGUUGAUUGAGAGAGGAUUAAAGCUAGAAGCUGACGUCCAUGCUUCUGAGCCUCUGAGGGCAGAGGUUCUGCACUUAAGAGCUGAAGUUCAGAAAAUGAAUUCUUUAAGACAAGAUUUGUCGGCCCAAGUCCAAAGCCUCACACAAGACAUCAAUCAUUUGCAAGCUGAGAAUCAGCAGCUAAUUGCCAUGAGGGGUGAUAUUGAUCUGAUGCACAAGGACCUUAUUGAGGCCAGGAGGGCUUACGAAUAUGAGAAGAAAGCUAAUGAAAAAUUAGUUGAACAGAAGCUAGCAAUGGAAGAAAACCUCAUUUCUAUGGCUCGUGAAAUAGAGAAGCUGCGAGCAGAGCAGCUAAACACACAGAGGAGAACACGGGCACCAGAUGUUCGGGGUUAUGGAGUGUUGAAUAGAAGCCAUGAAACCAGAUAUUCAAGUGAUGCAUUUGCUGAUGGCUAUGGCCGUAGUUGGGGACAUCACGACAAGCAUAGUUCUCUUCGACGUUGAUUCUUCAAAAAGGUGUCUUGAGAUGCUCUGGUGUUGGGAUUCUUCAUGAUAACCUUCUUUGCUUCUUGGUGACUGAGCAUAGGGUAUUCUUGGUGAGAAGAAGAAAGCGAUAGGAGGCUCAUGUAGAAUGAUUAUUUUACCACUUCUCGAGUUGAAAUUGUAUCUCCUGCAUUUUAAAUUCAAGAAACAUUUUUCUUUUAAUGCGUAACACAGAUUAUACAAACUGGAGAAAAAGUGUAUUAUCGAAUGCCUCCUAUAUUAAUGUUCUCCCAAAAAUGGAAGUUUUGUA